AUGUCCACCCCGUUUUUCCAUUCCGCCACCGUCAAGCGCUUGCUAGCUUGGAAGAUGUUCGUGUACAACGAGCAGGAUGGCAAGGUGUACGAGAAUGCUGUCAAAACCUUGGUGAAGAAGGCGCACAGCACCAAGCAGCUGGAGGAGCUGGAAACGGCUAUCACCACUCGGCAUACUGGCACCAAGUGCAUCAUCAUCCCCAGAUCUCUGGUUGAACAGAUGUAUGCGACCUACGGAAAUAACUUCCCGCACGUUUUCUACUGCCGGCUGUGGCGAUGGCCAGAUGUGCAAAGCCACCAUGAUUUGCUUAGCUUUGAAACGUGUGAAUAUGCCUUCCACAAAAUGAAGUCUGAAGUCUGUGUGAAUCCGUAUCACUUUCAGAGAGUGGAAACACAACAGCUACCGCCAAUACAGCCAGAAGCUCCAGCUUCAUAUCCCCCAAUGCAGGACCACAGCUACUACUCUCAAGGAAACGCGAACUACGCAAGUUUUGUCCCUGAAAGCAGCAACUUUGUACCGGUAGAAACAGCUUCCACUGUGUUUCAUUAUCUUCCUGAGAAUGCAGGAGCCUGUAGUAGCCAGCAGGUGAACUACAGCGUGGAUACAUCUCAAGCUCUGGCGGUCCCUGGACCCAGUAAUCUGAACCCCGAGCCCAUCCUGUACUGUGAACCAGCCUUUUGGUGUUCCAUCUCCUACUACGAGCUCGGCCAACGGGUUGGGGAGAUCUUCCAUGCUUCGCAGCGCUCCAUUAUUGUAGAUGGUUUCACCGACCCGAUCAAUGCUGACCGUUUCUGCUUAGGCCAGCAGUCCAAUGUCAACCGCGAUCCUGUGGUGGAACAAAUGAGAAGAUACAUCGGGAAAGGAGUGAGACUCAAGUACGUCGACGGGGACGCGUUUGCGGAGUGCCUUGGCAAGAAUCCCGUUUUUGUCCAGUCUGCCAUCUGUAACCAGCGCUUUGGAUGGGAUCCGUCCACUGUUAUCAAGGUUCCAAAUGGAUGCAACUUGAAGUUUUUCUACAAGGAAGAAUUUGGUGCCAAAUUGUCCCAGUCUGCGACCAAGGGCUUUGACGCGGUCUACCAGCUGACGAAGAUGUGCAUCAUCCGACUGAGCUUCGUCAAGGGCUGGGGAGCUGAAUCCAAGCGGCAGACGAUCACGAGUGUUCCCUGCUGGAUUGAGAUCCAUCUGAACGGCCCCUUGCAGUGGAUGGACAAGGUCUUGAACCAGGUUUGUUCUUCGCACACCAAAUGUUCCAGCAAGUCUUAA